GACACCAAACUGUGUUCGCCUUCGUUUCCAGCACCGCACCAGAACGCGGUGUCCACAUCUAGCAACCUUAUGACAAAGCAUAGGUAGCCAACACUGAGUUUACUACAGCUAGCCUACCGGUUUGGGUGUAUAUAACUUGUAGUCUAAGUCUGAAACAACUGCAAAGAAGAGGUGGGAAACUGCAGUCGAAAUGAAGCUCUGGUUGGGGUUCGCUUGUCUUCUGUUUCUUGUUAGUGGAGUAGUCACGCAAGGAUUUGACUUGGGAGAUGCCGUGGAUGAAACACCUGCUCCGAAGGCUCCAGUGGACAAACCCAAGGCCAAUGAUGAUGGGUUUGACCUCAGUGAUGCUUUUGGACAAGAUCCAACUCAGAAGCCUAAGUCCAAACCAUCAGGUGGCAAUUCUGGGGUGGAUGACAUUCUGGAUACCUUAGAUUUUGGACCCCCCAAAGCUACAAAAGCACCAAGGAAGCCAGCUGACAAUGAUGACACUGGAUUUGAUCUAGCUGAUGCUUUUGGUCCAGAUCCCGACCCCAAACCUAACAAACCUGCUGUAAACCCAAGUGGGGGUAGAACAGGAUCAUUUGGUGACUUUGACUUGUCUGACGCGGCUGGUGACGGCUACAAACCUGAUCAGACAGGAGGAGGAGGCCGUGCCCAGGAUCCUGGCUACGACCCCCAUGGUGGUUCUGAUGGAGCUGGUGAUCAGGCUCAAGAUCUGUCCCUUCUGUGGGCCCAAAUCCUGAAGAGGCUAAAUGAUAACAUGCCAGAGGAAGUCUAUAUUUGGAUAUCCAACUUUAAGCAAAUCAUGGCACCCUUGUUAGAGAGGGCCAUGCAACUGCUGGAGGCUCUGCCGUGAGCCGAUCUGUUUACAGAGUCCAGUUGGUUCUCAGGUCGGAGGUGGCACUCGGGCCAGCGGUUUACAAAUGCUUGAUUUCGAGUUGUACUGGAUGGAAUAUGUCUUGGGACAGACUCUCAGAAAUAUAGUUGGGUGUCUGAAAAGUCUGGAAUUGAAGUGAUCACAGGCUAAAUCAAUCAGUCAAACCUAAUUUAUAUAGCACCUUUCAUACAUAUUAAAUGCAGCUCCAUGUGCUUUCCAGUAAGAUGCACAUGGAUUCACAGUCAAGAUGACUCAUCUGACAAGAGUAGUGUAAUGAAACAAAACAGUUAAAAAAAUGGAAAUAAAGUGAUGGAAAAUAAAAAAAGGUCAAACCACACAAAUAAAAAGAAAACCAGAAUACCACACAGUGCCCAAUAAAAGAGUAACAAUGGGGAUAAAAGUCAGUAAGAGAAAAAUAAUAAUCACCAAAAUAAAAUAAAGCAUCGCAGUACCAUACUGUUUAAAGAGAUUAGACAUUUAAAGCUCAACUAAAUAAAUAAAUGCAUGAAUUAAUAAAUCUGAUUUGUACGGGGGAAGUGAUGUGGUGCCAGGGCAUGUCCUGAUUUAUAUACUAGUAAGAGUUCAAAUCAAAUCUGCCUGUCAGAAGAAUGUGGUGUUAACCUGAUUCCAGACUUCACGGACACCCUUUAAUUGGGUGUGUGCAUACUUUUUGUCUUUCGCACUCCACCCAUCCCUCUUGUUUAUGAGUCACUUAUUUGUUUUUAGUGCUCAAUCUUCAUGCUGUAGUGGAGGAUCAAUCCACUUGAAGUCACUUCAACCACUUUUCUGAUGAUUAUCACUGCCUGGAAGUCAUCAUUAUACAGGAUGUUUAAUAGGGAAUUAAUUGUGUGUUCUUAAAAUCUCACUCACUGGAUGGAUAAUAAAGAUCAAUAUAAAAGUCAAAUUUCAUGUUUAGAUUUUAGGAGGCUGUUUAGGAGACUCCCAGACCCUUUGCAUAGUUGGUAAUAUGCCAGCGGGAGCCAGUCUUUCCACCAGCAAGCCAUGAUUCAUCCAGCAUGUUUUUUUUUAGAAUAGCUCUCCUUGCUUACAGAAAACAGCAAUAUAUAUGUAUUUUUUAUCUGAUUGUGCUUUUCUUUUUCUUUCUUUUUUUUUAAUUACUAUAUGAAAACUGCUGCAGUAAGACUCUGAAAAGUUACCAGAAAUAAGGCAGAUUUUUUGUUUCAUUUAAGUGGGAGCUGUUUUGCGCUUCCUAUUCAUUUUUAUUCAAACAUGUCUGUGGUGGAGAAAACCACCACAUUCACAUUUGUGGAUGGAAAAAGUGUCUGUUUUCUGCUUUCACGAGCUCGUGUCGAGACACGCCUGGCUGUCAGUCCAGAGACCUUGGAGGUAGUGCAGUUUAGCAGUAGUCAGCAGACAUUCUUCACAUAGCCAGCAUUCAAAGCUCUCUCUCUAUUCAAGACUUUGAGGCACAGUCCUUUUCCACUGAUGAAGCAUCUUCUCUUUGGAGAAACUAAAACUUAUUUUAGAUAGAUGAUCAUAUGAUGAUUUCCUCCCCUUGGCAUCUCCUGCACUAUGAGCUGUUCCUUGUGCACUCUUUGGUUACUGGCAAUAUUUUCCUGGUGUGUUGUCUUGUCUUGUUAGCUUGUCUUUGUUACAAAGGUCCUCUUUUUAAUGUUUGUUACCAUGGUGCUGGCAUUGGAUUGUAAAAGAGUCCUGAGAGGUGUUGUGUAAGAUACACUUUUUUGUGUUUCAGCUGCAGCAUCAGUUUGUUUUCUCUUGCUAUGGCCAU